AUGCCGCGACUUAUCCACGCAUCGCACAGGCCAGAAGGGGGACGGGGUAAUGAGAAGCUCACGAAGUCUGUACCGAAAACGGCAAACGAUUUGGCCGCGCAGUCUCUCGCAAACCUCUGGCGGCGUCUGUUUCAGAGUUACGUCCACUUCACCCAGCCGGGAUGCGAGCCUUUUGUUUCUGAUAGCAUCACAGAUCUCGACUGUGUGGACGACGUCGCUAACGCUGACACUGCCCUUGACACCUUGUGGGCCGCGGGCUUCGCCGCAUCCUCGGCGCCAGACGCCCUCAUAGUGCAUCUCUUUCUCGCUAACGAACAUUUCGACGCUGUUUCGUGGAUUAUUGCGUUUUGCCUUGUGGAUCGCCUGCAACUCAGCCACUAUGUGCGCCAGCGACUACGGGUGCUGUCGUUCUUGCAGCCGCGUGAGAAUAGCAGCAGCUGUUUUCUGAGGCUUGCCAAGGCCCACGUUACGCAGCUAUUGUUUACGGCGUACUCGCUUGCCUUCAAGUGGCAUUUGGACUACACGGUCUCCGUCAAAUAUCUCACGAGUCUUCUUCCGCAUGCACGUAGCACUCGAGGGCGUAUCCUUCACCGCACAAUCCAAGAGGAGCUCCGCGUUCUUGAGACUCUCGAAUUCAACUGCGCUGUGUCGCAGAACCACUUGCUGCAGUUGAUGGAUCACUUCUUGACAGCGUCCGAGCGCCGCUACGUUCUGCACGUUGUUCACAGAGAAUGA